AGUCAGUGGCAGUCUGCGGCGAGUCAUGACCACACGCGUGAUGUUAGUUAUUCAAUAAUGAGUUACUUUAAUACAUAAUCUGUGAUAAUGUGCCGAUUUCUUUAUAGUGUUUUAAUUGUCUUAGCUUGUACAAGUUACUUGCCAGUAAUAAGUCAGUAUGUGGACUCCCCGUGCCCUGGGACUUUUGAGUAUCAGAGUGAUGGUGGUGGAGUGUAUGGAGUGAUACAUCUGCAACCCAAUGGACCUGUGUCUAGCAUACAUGUUGUAGUUAAUUUUACGAUAGCAGCUAGACUCAUUUCGAAUUAUCCAGGCCGCAUACAGCCAAUUAACCCCUCAGGGUUACAAUUCAACCAAGACUCGCCCAUAGACUACCGAGUUGAUUUCCCCGUCACCACACCCUUACCGAGGCUUACCUACCUCAUCGUCAACGGCAACGUGUUGUGCUAUGGUCCUGGAGAUGUAGCCCGGCCUGAUUUAUACGUAUCCACAAUCAGUCUACAGCACAUGCAGAAUCUACGAGGCAGGAGACCAGGAGAUCCGGGCCCUAUUAAACUCAUCUCUUCAUCACCGGACGCUGACGUGUUCGCAAUUGACGUGGAUAGUGAUCGUACCGACACUUGGAACGACGGAUUCCAACGUCCACAACAGCGGCCGCAGACGCAACGGCCAGCGCCGCCACCAACAGACGAGUACUAUCUAUUAGAAUUACCACUCCACACCACAACUACUAGAAGACCACAACAGCAGCCGCAACCUCAACGACCAGCGCGGCCACCACCACAACCACAAGACGAAUACUAUCUAUUAGAAUUACCACUCCCUACCACAACUACUAGAAGGCCACAACAGCAGCCACAAACUCAACGACCGGCAUCGCCACCACCACAAGACGAGGAGUAUCUUUUAAAAUUACCACAGCACACCACAACUACUACUAGAAGACCGACAUCGACAACUCCUCCGCCACCACCUCAAACUACUUACCCAUCAAUGCCUUCACGAACCCCUUCCUUCAGCUCUGACUGUGGCGUAGUUGCGGGAGGCAACGAGCAUGUGCCCCUCGUGUUCCAUGGCACUGGCUACACGCGAGGGGACUGGCCGUGGCUGGUUGCCAUGUAUAAGCGAAAGGAAGGCAGCCUCACGUUUGCCUGCUCCGGGACGCUGGUGUCCGAUCGGCAUGUUGUGUCUGCUGCCCACUGCCUGCAGCAAAGAAGUACGCUGACGUCAAUCAAGGAUAUCGUAAUCAAAGUCGGCGUGUAUAACUUGGAGGACUGGGGUGACGAUAUCAUUGUCACCAGGACUUUGGAAUCUGCCAUUAUCCAUGAAGAGUUCAAUUCUACGACGUAUGCGAAUGAUCUUCUUGUGCUCACUUUUGAUAAAAGCGUAGAGUUCAACAACAACAUCAGGCCGGCUUGUCUCUGGAAUGGGAACAACGAUCUCAACAGGAUAGUGGGAUCUUCCGGGGUGGUAGCUGGUUGGGGGGCAAGUGAACUAGGCCCGGGCAGCAAAGGUGAACCCCGCAUGGUGCGCAUACCCAUCGUCACCAAUAGUAUGUGUCGUGCCAGUAGGCCCGACUUCCACGUUUUCACAAGCGACCACACGUUCUGCGGAGGUGAUCGUAAUGGCGCUGGUCCUUGUUUAGGGGACUCCGGCGGAGGAUUAUAUAUUCUGGACGGUGGUCGCUGGCGCCUCCGCGGCGUAGUCUCACUGUCACUUCGACCAGAAAACGGGGAAUCUACAUGCAACCUCAACGAAUACGUUAUUUUCACUGAUGCAGCCAAGUUUAUUGAGUGGAUUAAAAACGUCAUAAGUAAUAAAUUUAGAUAGUGAUCUUGAUAUUGAAAAAUAAUUAGUGCUUAAGAAGACUUUUCAGCUAAUAAACUAAUCUUCUUUUCAUAAAU